AUGCCCCAAAAGGAAGUUAACUACAUUUGUUUACUCGACCUAAAACACGAAGACGUUACUAUAAAAGAAGAACUCUCACUCCUUGCACAUAUUUCUUUUUUUUUUUUUAAUUUUCUCUGUCAUCCUUCCUUUUUUGAUUUAGCAAUUUUCCCUCUCUUCUGCCACUUCCCUUUUUUUCUCUUCCGUCUUUCAUUCUCGCUUUCAGAGCAUGCCUUUACCUUUACUUCCGCCUUCUUCCAUUCUCUCUUUCAGAGCGAUGCCUUUUCCUUCUCUUCCGCCUUCUUUCAUUCUCGCUUUCAGAGCAUGCCUUUACCUUUACUUCCGCCUUCUUCCAUUCUCUCUUUCAGGGCGACGCCUUUUCUUUCUCUUCCGCCUUCUUCCAUUCUCUCUUUCAGAGCGACGCCUUUUCCUUCUCUUCCACCUUCUUCCAUUCUCUCUUUCAGAGCGACGCCUUUUCCUUCUCUUCCGCCUUCUUCCAUUCUCUCUUUCAGGGCGACGCCUUUUCCUUCUCUUCCGCCUUCUUCCAUUCUCUCUUUCAGGGCGACGCCUUUUCCUUCUCUUCCGCCUUCUUCCAUUCUCUCUUUCAGAGCGACGCCUUUUCCUUCUCUUCCGCCUUCUUCCAUUCUCUCUUUCAGAGCGACGCCUUUUCCUUCUCUUCCGCCUUCUUUCAUUCUCUCUUUUAGAGCGACGCCUUUUCCUUCUCUUCCGCCUUCUUUCAUUCUCUCUUUCAGAGCGAUGCCUUUUCCUUCACUUCCGCCUUCUUCCAUUCUCUCUUUCAGGGCGACGCCUUUUCCUUCACUUCCGCCUUCUUCCAUUCUCUCUUUCAGGGCGACGCCUUUUCUUUCUCUUCCGCCUUCUUUCAUUCUCUCUUUCAGAGCGAUGCCUUUUCCUUCACUUCCGCCUUCUUCCAUUCUCUCUUUCAGGGCGACGCCUUUUCCUUCUCUUCCGCCUUCUUCCAUUCUCUCUUUCAGAGCGACGCCUUUUCCUUCUCUUCCGCCUUCUUUCAUUCUCUCUUUCAGAGCGACGCCUUUUCCUUCUCUUCCGCCUUCUUUCAUUCUCUCUUUCAGAGCGACGCCUUUUCCUUCUCUCCCCCUUUCUUUCAUUCUCGCUUUCAAAGCGACACCUUUGUUUUCAUAUCUCCUAUCCCUCAUUCUCUUUUCUUCGCUUUUCUUCCUCUCACUCACGCUUACAUCUUUAGUUUUCUUCUUUUUCUUGCAUUUUCACUCUCCUUCUCGGACAUAUCUUUUCCUCUCUUUCUCGUUUUCUUCCUCUCUUUUGUUUCGCUUCUCCCUUUGUAUUUCCUCUUCGUCAUUAACUUUACUCUUGCUCUAUUUAUUCUGUUUCAUUCUUCCAUCCAUUCGCCAUUUUGCUUUUCUUUUGCCUUUUUCUUUCCUAAACUCUUUCUUUUUCCAUAAUCUCCAUCUCACCAUUUUUUGGGGCGUAAGAUAUUUUACUUAA